AUGGAUCAAGAAAGUGGUCGCGCCGUUGCGCGUGGUCAUGCGAGGACUAAAAGCAACACAUCCGUUGGAAGCAACAACCCAACCAGACCGAGACAUACCCGAUCCAAAAGCAGCAAGAAACUUGAUUCAAUCUAUUCAGACGAGGCCACCGUCGCCUUUAUCAAACGCACCUUAUGCCCUCAUCAACUCACUGGUCCAGAAGGCAGCAGAGCUCGAAAUAUUUCAAAACCUCUGUCCGAAUUACUGCCACCUUUGACCAGCUCUAAUCAAGUCGACCUUCAGCUCUAUGCAUUAAUUUCCAUAAUCAUCAAGGAUUUUAUACAUGCUUGGUACUCCAAAAUCACCCCAGACCAUGAGUUCACUGAUCAGGUCGUCCACAUCAUCGCUCACUGCACUCGCGCUCUCGAGCAACGAAUAAGAGCUGUUGAUCUGGAAGCCUUGAUAUUCGACGAACUCCCUGAACUGAUCGACUCUCAUGUUACAGCCUAUCGAACUGCACAUAGUGGUUCCUAUACUUCCUUACUUGUAGCGGACCCGAGAGAAAUCUAUCACGCCAUCAACCCACAUCCUGCUCUCUCUCCUGUCCCCUUCGAGCCUGGAUCUCUCGCAUCAUCAGACCAGGCCGAGAAUGAAGCUGCAUGGCGCCAACUGCUCAUUCAAGGAGUUUUAUCUCAUCUGCUCCCUCCAGAAGACUUGAAUAAUCCGCCACUGAGAGUUUUAGUAACCGAGAUAUUCUCUGAGCUAAUCAUUGGACGUGGAGUUUGCGGCAACAUCUGCGAAGGCUGGUUCAUCUGGGAUGUUGUCACCAAGUUGCUUGCAAUCGUUCGCCCUCCUGAACCCGAUGUACAUCAGGAACCACCGCCAAGUCCUAACCGCCUCGAGAAGUUUGGACUUCUCGCAGAUGAUAGUGACGAUGUAGAAGAGCCAUCCGCCGUUACGACGACAAGCCCAAUGGAUACUUUAUCCGGCAUGUUCUUGCAGGUCAUGCAAUACCUCUUCCUUGCCUUCAUCUCGAUACGGGCCUUCUUUACAGCUCUGUCAGAUGCCGCAACUCUGCCUCCGAGGACGAAUAGCAGAGCAGAUGCGAUACAUGCUGACUUGGACGAUAACGGGUCACUAUACCAGCAAUCAACACACGACAGUACAAAGAGACCGAUACUGGGAAUGUCUCUCUGGAGCUGCUGCUCACACUUGCUUUCUUUGGACUUGCAGAUGCCUUGGCUUACAGCCAUGGGUUCGUACAUACAGUGGCUUUUGAUCUGCAGCUCAUGGAAGGUGGGUUACACAAACAGCAGAUUGGACAGACUCCUUUCCCACCACAUACGCACCAAACUCCUCGAUCUUCCUGCUCGUUUACCCACCAUCCUCUUACUCAUCCGCACAAACAUGUUUCCCAACAAUUCUCUCGGGCCCGGUCGCGUGCCACCCACUCCUGACCAAGCUUUGGAAUUGCGCGCAAAGUGUGCUGCAGCCAUUAUUGCUGCUUUACCUCCUAUUGUGGUAAAACAGCUUUUUGUCGGCAGAGAAGAAGGGGAUGUACAGAAGCAGGUAGAGAGUAUGCUUGAUGUUUUUGGAGAUGCGUAUUUGAACAAACAUUUGAUAGUGGGCAUUGUGGAUUUGAUUGUUGUGAGGUUGUUUCCUGAGUUGGAGAGGGAAGGGAUUAAUGCUGUAUUAAAGAGGGAUGAGAGCAGAGAGGAGGUUCGUGUAUAA